AUGGCCUUUCUCUUCUGGCGUAGACCGCGUCUCGAUGGUCCGCUGAUUGCCGACCGCAACGAGCUCAUCGUUGACCGUCCGCUGCCUCCCUUCAAACCCGACUCCGACUUCAUCCCUCCGCGGGGAGGAUCAGCAGUAGUUCCAAUACUGAAACGCGCCAAAUCCAAGUCUGGCUACCGUGUUGCGCUUGUGGGACCUGCCGGCGUGGGGAAGUCGCAACUGGCUAUUGAGCACUGUUGCCAAGCGAAUGAGGUGUUCAGACUACCUUUGGUGUUUUGGAUAGGCGCGGAGACGCGUGAACGUUUCCUGGGAGACGUCAGGUCCAUCGCUGAGUUGCUUCACAUUACAGAUCAUGGCACAACUGACCUGGAACGCGUCGCACAAUGGCUUCUCGACCCGUCGAGUGGUCCCUGGUUCUUGGUUCUAGAUGGUGUGUCCAGCGCCGACGUUCUCAGUUGUAGCGACGGCGAUCCCAAUACACCAGGCGAUGACAGCGGCGCUCAGCGGAGGGAUUUUGUGCACCUCCUCUCAAAUGUGUCCCACGGUUCAAUCUUGGUCACGACAAGAGAUAAGGAUACUGCAAUGGCUCUAGGCAUCAGAUCCAGCGACAUUGUGCCCGUGAGGGCAAUGAGGGCAGGCGCGGCUGCGAAACUGCUGCUGAAAAAACUCGGCGACCAAAAUCAGCAGAGCAAGCAGGAUUAUAUGGAGUUGGUCAAAACACUGGAGUACAAUCCACUCGCAAUCCUGCAGGCGGCAGCGUACAUACGCCGACGCCCCCAACCCAUCUCAGUCAACGCGUACGAGCAAGAGCUGAAACGCAAAAAAACGUCUCUAGGAGCUUUUUUCCAAGAAGGAAGUUAUCAGUUCCGACGAGACUGUAGUGCCUCCGACUAUAUCAAGGCCUGUUGGAGACCCGUCGUCGAGUUCCUCGAGCCGAGCCGCAAGGCCACAACGCCAGCAGCUUCUCUGCUCUGUUUCAUGUCGUUCUUCGAUCGCGAUCACAUUCCAAAAUUGCUUGCUGAGUCUCAAAGGGGCGGAGCCGACGAGAGCGCGGUGCCCGAGUCUUCCCAGGGCCACCAGAGCCACCUCCAAACGAUCGAGCCAUCGCCACUGGGAGAUGGAGACAAUCAACGCUCCACCGACGCCCCCGAGGGGGCCGUGCAGGAUCUGCUUGACGCGGGCUUCAUCGCUGAGGGGGAUCCCGGGGUGUUCUCAAUGCACCAACUCGUGCAGCUGGCAGUGGCCCGACAUCGCCUGACGGAUGCUGAACUGCUUAGAAAGCAGGCACAGGUGCUAUGUUACGCCAGCCUGUACCAGCUAGAAAUGGGCUAUCCCGACCAAGCUAUGGAGUUCGCCAACCAGUCUCUUAAAGCGAUGAAGAUGCACAAACCGGAAGACUACCUAGUUUUGGAGAGCAAACACUAUCUCGGCAGAGCCCUACGCAACCUGGGCCAUUACGAGGCGGCUGAUGAUACAUUCUCUGAAGUACUGAAAACAUGCAGUGCGCAUCUCGGCCCCGAUGAUCCUAUGUUGCUGAGCAUUCGCGAGGACCACGCGAUGAACUUGGAGUCUCUUGGGAGACUGGACGAGGCAGUAAUGCGGAUCGACCAGGUCCGGGCGGAUCGGAACAAAUACGGUGGGCCUGCAAAUGCCCAUCCCGCGGACAUCAUUGGCUGUGAUGCGAAUCAGGCCACACUCCUCCGAUUACGCAACGAUCUAGAGGGCGCUGAGCAGCUGUACCUGAGCAUUCUGCAACAAGCUAGAGAGAGUUCUCUCGACCAAAACCAUCCAGACAUCCUAGCAAUCAAGUGCGAGCUGGCCACUGUGUAUCGAGACCAAGGAAAAUUCCAGGCAGCAGAAGGGGAGUUUUCAAAACUGCUUUCAGUAUGCACUAUAACACUCGGCAGAAAUCAUUCUCUCACCCUUAAUUGUAAGGCAAACCUGGUAACAACAUACUUACACUUGAAGGAGUGCGCAAAGGCGGAAGAGCUGGGCGUCGAAGUAGCUCAGCUUCGCCAGUCCAGACUCGGCAAAUCACACGCUGACACCCUCAGGAGACAUGUGGGAAGAUGCAAGAAGAUUACAGGUCUCUGUGAUGGAAACGUCCAAGCAGAACUUUAA